GAGAUCCGAAUCGCCGGCAGCAGCCAGAGGCUCCAAAACCCGCAGUUUUGCUGAGCUGGCAGGAUCUAAACCCGCUUUCCAAGCCUUCCCGGGGGCCUCGAGCACCAUUUGCGUCUGGGGUUCGCGGUGCGAUCUCGAAAACGAAACGGCUCCGUCGUUCCGGAGCGGGACCCGUUUUCGGUGGGAGGGCCCAGGACGCGCUUCUGCUUUUUGGCUUGUUUGUCCGUUUGUCCGUGAGUUUUGGUGCAAGGAUGCGGAGACGUCGGUCCCAACCGCGGCAGCGCCAGGUCCUGCCGCCACCUGAGAUGCUCUGAGUGCCGUGGGGUCUCUGCGACCGCGUCCCCCCCCAAAGAAGAAACAUGGGGGAUGAAGAGGAGGGGGCGUCCGUGCCGGGGGGGUCCCUGCCGGUGGCCGCCUGGCUGGGGGCCCUUCAUUUGGAGCAGUACGCGGAGCAUUUUGAGCGGCGGGGGCUGCGGCGGGUGGGCGAGUGCCGGGCGCUGACGGACGACGCGCUGGGCGCUCUGGGGGUGCGGCUGCCCGGCCACCGCCGCCGCAUCCUCCUGGGGCUCCAAAAAGCUUUCGCCGACACCCCCGUCCCCGCCGAGACCCCCCCAAGGAAACCCAUCCCCCUCAAACGCCACAUUUUCCGCACGGCGGUGGCACCGGAGCAGUUGGGGACAACCCCGGUGGCGCGGGAGGGGGUGAGCGUCACCCAGCUGCCCCCACCCAUCCCACCCAGGGUGGGUUGUCACCCCCCCGUCAAGUUUUCUGUAUCGCUAAGGGGGGGCAGCCCGGAAUACCCACACACACCCCAAAGCUGCCCCCCACCCCUGGAGGUGCCACCGCACGCCGAAAUGGGGGUGACACCCCCCCCGCUGCCACCGCUGCCGGCCAAGCGGCACCAGCUGGAAGCCAAGGGACAGUCCCCGGAGACCCCUCCGGCGGCCACACCCCCCCCGCCGGUGCUGCCCCCCAGGGCUGUGCCCCACAGGAGUGUCCCCGUCCCCGAGGGUGUCCCCUUGGCCCCGCCGGCCAUCGCGCCCCGUGCGAAGCCACCAACCAAGGCCUUUGUGCCCGAGUUCGAUGACUCCGACUACGAAGACUCCGCCUGGGAGGAAGAACUAACCGGAGCCGCAGGGGACAUGGGUGACAAGCAGGAGGACGCGGAGCCGGCGCGGCCGCGGUCCCUGCGCGUCAACAGCCUGUUCAGCGAGGAUGAGCUGGUCGAGGAUUAUUUCGAUGCUCCCCCUGCCGGCGGUGGCAGCAGCUGCAGUGACACUGGGGACAGCAUGGACGGCGCGGCCACCACCGCCCCGCUCUCGCCCACCGUCAAAGCCGGGUGGCUGGACAAGAACCCGCCGCAGGGGUCCUACAUCUACCAGAAGCGCUGGGUGAAGCUGGACGCCGACUACCUCCGCUAUUUCGACAGCGAAAAGGACGCCUAUUCCAAGCGCUUCAUCCCCGUCUCCUCCAUCUCCCGCGUCGCCAGCGUUGGGGACCAGAAAUUUGAAGUUGUCACCAACAACCGUAACUUCGUGUUUCGGGCCGAGAGCGACACCGAUCGGAACGAGUGGAUCCGGACCCUGCAGCAGAUGGCGGAGGAGCGGAAGAGCAAAGCUGCGGAGAGGACGCCGAUGUCACCGAGCGCCGACGGUGCCACCGAGCCCGUGGACAAGUGCGGCUUCCUGGAGCUGCGGGGCUUUAAGCACAAACUCUUUGUGGCCGUGGCCGGGGACAGAGUUUUCCUCUAUAAGAACGCAGAGGACUAUCGCCUGGGGAUCGGCAUCACCUACAUCGAAAUGAACGUGGGGAACGUCAAGGAGGUGGAUCGCCGGGGUUUCGACCUCACCACGCCGUACCGGAUCUUCAGCUUCUCGGCCGAUUCGGAGCAGGAGAAGGAGGAAUGGGUGGAAGCCAUGAGACAAUCCAUCGCCGAGGCGCUUUCCAACUCGGAGGUGGCCGAGAGGAUCUGGGGGGUGGAAUCCAACCGCUUCUGCGCCGACUGCGGCUCCCCCCACCCCGACUGGGCCUCCAUCAACCUCUGCGUCGUCAUCUGCAAACGAUGCGCCGGGGAGCACCGGGGUUUGGGUCCUGGUGUCACCAAAGUGCGGAGCUUGAAGAUGGACAGGAAGGUGUGGACAGAGGAACUGAUCCAGCUCUUCCAGCAGGUGGGCAACGCGGUGGCCAACGAGUUCUGGGCCGCCAACGUCCCCCCCAGCGAGGCCAUCGGCCCCAGCAGCCCCAGCGGGGACCGGCGGCGCUUCCUGAUCGCCAAAUACCGGGAGGGCAAGUACCGGCGCUACCACCCGCUUUUCGGCAACCAGGAGGAGCUGGACAGGGCUCUUUGCGCCGCUGUCACCACCGGGGACCUGGCGGAGACGCUGGCGCUGCUGUUCUGCGGGGCGGCGGUGACGUGUGACACCGGGGACCCGCGGUGCCCCACGCCGCUGGCGCUGGCCCAGAGGAGCGGACAGAGGCUGCAGAUGGAGUUCCUGCUCCACAACAGGACCUCAGAACCGCCACGUUUGGAGGUGGGGGGCAGCGAGGACAAGCCCUACUCAGUGUCCCUUCCCUCUGUCACCCACCAUGGCUUCCUCUACAAAACCCCCUCCAUGGCCAAACCCGUGGGCGAGCGGAAAGGCCAGGAAGAGUUCAGCCGGCGCUGGUGCACGCUGCAGGAUGGCGUCCUCAGCUACUACGAGAACGACCGCAACGCCGUCCCCAACGGCGAGAUCAAGGUGGGGGAGAUCGUCUGCCUGGUCAACAACCCCCCCCACAGCCACGGGAUCGAGAACACGUUCGAGCUCUACACCGAGUCGGAGCGGCUCUACCUCUUUGGGCUCGAGAGCCCCGAUUCCGCACGGGAGUGGCUCAAAUCCAUCGCCAAGUCCUUCGUCCCUCCCCGCGCUGAGGAGCUGCUGGCGCUGGAUUUCGAGCGUGUGGGGCGGCUGAAUUACAAGGGGGGGCUGGACCUGGAGCGAGCCCGGGAGGGCUGGUUCGCCCUGGCCGGCUCUGCGCUCCACGUCUCCUCCGAGGACAACCAGCACCAGGAGCCGCUGCAGCUCCGCAAGCUCCAGGAGCUCUCCAUCCAGGGUGACAACGAGGUGCUGGUGUUGGUGGAGAGGCGAAGGACGCUGUACAUCCAGGGGGAGAGGAAACUGGAUUUCCUGGGCUGGCUCCACGCCAUCCAGAAAGCAGCAGGGACCUCGGGGGACACCCUGUCGGAGCAGCAGCUGACGGAGUCGGACGUCCCGUUGCUGGUGGAUCGGUGCAUCGACUACAUCACCCAGUGCGGGCUGACGUCUGAGGGCAUCUACCGCAAGAGUGGGCAGAACUCGAAAACCACGGGGCUGCUGGAGAUGCUGCGCCGGGACGCCCGCAGCGUCCGCCUGAAGGAGGGCGAGCACCAGGUGGACGAUGUCGCCAACACCCUCAAACGCUUCUUCCGCGACCUCGGGGACGGGCUCUUCACUGGGCGCUGGGCGCCUGAGUGGCUGCAAGCAACGGCGUUGGAGGACGAGGAGGAGAAGAUCAGCGAGUACCGGCGGCUUCUGGCCGCCCUCCCCACGGUGAACCGGGCAACACUGAAGGCACUCAUCAACCACCUCUUUCGGGUCCAGCGCUUCUCUGGGGAGAACCAGAUGAACACGCACAACUUGGCCAUCGUCUUUGGACCCACGCUCUUCCAGACGGACGGGAAGGACUACAAGGCUGGGCGCGUGGUGGAGGACCUCAUCAGCCACUACGUGAAGAUCUUCAACGUCAAUGACCAGGAGAUGAAGAAGCAGCAGGAUGAGAUCAUGGCCAUCAUGAAGAUGCGAGAGGCAGCGUCCAGUGGGACGCAGCAAGCCGGGGACUUCAUCUGCACUGUCUACCUGGAGGAGAAGAAGACGGAGGCAGAGCAGCACAUCAAGAUCCCGGCCACAAUGACAGCUGAGGAGCUGACCUUCGAGAUCCUGGACCGGAGGAAAAUCGUCAUGAAGGAGAAGGACUAUUGGAGCUGCUUCGAAGUGAACGAGAGGGAGGAGGCAGAACGGCCCUUGCACUACUCGGAAAAAGUCCUGCCCAUCUUGCACGGCCUGGGGACGGACAGCUACCUGGUGGUGAAGAAGCAGCUGGCCAUGGAGAACAUGCUCAUCUACCUCGCCAGCAGAGUGGGCGACUGCAAGCACGGGCUGAUGAAGUUCCGGGAGGAGAGGAACCUGCUGGGGCUGGGGCUGAGCACCGGCUUCCACGACCGCUACUUCAUCCUCACCCACACCUGCCUGCGCCUCUACAAGGAAGUGCGGGGCCGUGUCCCCCCCUCCCCGUCCCCCACAGCCGCUGUAACCCCGUCCUCUGUUGCGCAGAGCCUGAAGCAGCGGAGCCCCCCCCCGGACAAUAGCCACAAGCCGGAGAAGGAGUGGCCCGUCAGGAACCUGAAGGUUUAUCUGGGCAUUAAGAAGAAGCUUCGGCCGCCGACGUGCUGGGGCUUCACGGUUUUCUAUGAGAACGAGAAGCAUGAGAAGCAGCAAUGGUACCUGUGCUGUGACACCCAGGCCGACCUGCGGGAGUGGUUCGCCACCUUCCUCCACGUGCAGCACGGGGGGAGCCUGUGGCCCUCGGAGAGCUCCAAGGUGCGGGUGUCGCGGUGGCAGCAGGACGCCCGGCUGGGGAACGUGUCCCUCAUCCCGCUGCGGGGGAACGAGAGCGAGAUGAGGAAGAGCGUGGCGGCCUUCGCCACUGACCCGCUGACCCUCCUGCACAAUGUCUGAGCUGGAGAUGUGACACUCUGGUUUAUCCACAAGCAGGGAGCCCUUGGGGACAUGGGACAGCCCUUGGGGAACACAGGGCAGCCCUUGGGGACACAGGGCAGCCCUUGGGGACACGGGACAACCCUCAGGGACCCACGCCAGCCCCACACCCCGACACCCGCUGGGGGUCCCGCCGGCUCCGGACCCUCUUGCCUCCCCCCAAGGUGACCCACAGGAGGUGACACGGCAGCUGGGCCACCCACCUGCUGUGACAGCGCAGGGCUGGGGGGGUCACGGCCGGGUACCCCAUCCUGGGGUCCCCCCCCACGCCAGGCAGGGCAGCAAGAGCCUCUGCACCCCCCCAGACUGGGGACAAGAGGUGGGGGGACACAGGGUGGGGGGUGGCAGGAGCUGCCCCCAUUUCCCAUCACCCAAAUUAAAGGUCUUGGGGACACAG